CAGAAAGAUGGCAAUUAUGCCUGGGCACUACGGGAUCCAUUAUUCCUCCCGUGCCUAUUAUUGUGCCCUAUUGUAGUUGCAGAUGAAAUGAUGGCGUACAAAGUCUCAGCCUGCAUGUCAUUUCCCCCCUACACCCCCUUCUCCCGUGCGGGUAGAUGGGAUUCUUCUACAAAUCUUGUUUGCUGUGAAUUUCAUGUACUUCUCCCUCACUGCAGAUAUUAAACAAUCAAUCAGGUUUUGAUCAAGUUCCAUUUUAUUGUGAUUAGUAUUGGUAUUGUCCAGCACUCCAAGACCACUACAGGAGGAAACCUGCUUAGUUCCCCCUUUUCUUAUUCUCACUUCAGCCCAUCUAUAUCUAGAUAUCUUUCCCACUUCCCUUCCGGAACAUCUUUCUCUGAACCUCUUAACUCUAUCCAGAAAUCACAUCAUCCUCGCGUCACCUCAGCCCCAGCAAGCCAGAGAUAGCACUAUCACACGUGGCGCAUAGCUCUCGGCCACCACCUCGCCCCCUGGUCUUACCUAUUGUGUCGAGGACAAGAUCUUGUCUUUACCCGUUACUAACAGCAAUUUUAUCGUCGAGAAACCUUUAUAUAUGACAGACCUGUCGCACCGGAGUUCCUCUCCUGCACCAAAACAAUCUUCCUAUCCAGUAGCACCACCUGACUCUGCUCUCCUUUUCUCCAGAGAGCAUUGUUACCCGAGCACACACAAAUACACCUUCCCUUACAUAUAAAACAAACCAUGGACGCUCCCAACAAUACUUCUCAACCUCAGGACCCCCAAGUCGAUGUCCCUAAGGAGAACAGUCCUCCUCCAGCCUAUACACCGCGAAGAGUCCCUGUCACUGAUUUCACUGCCAUGAUGGCCAGAAUUAUUCAAGAGAGGCGGGAUACUCUCCCUAACUUGGGUGGGAAUAUCCCACACCCUCAGCCCCAACAAACCACGGGCACUUCCCUGCUUUCUGAUACUGUGGAUGAUGACCAAGACGAGACAUCUGAGGGAAGCUCACCCAUAAGCCUCAAGAUCGACACAUCUGUCAAUGUUUCACGAAACAACAACAUCGUGUGCCUGACAGCUACUCCCGCGGAACAGGCCAAUGCUAUAGCCAAGGCCGUCGUGCAAGCUUUACACGAGGGAAGCUCUGGCCGUUGCGGCAUUCCGAUGAUUGACGAGUCUGGCUGCCCUCGACCCUUGAGUAUCCAGGUUGCUGCGGGUCUGAAUGUUGAGGGAACAGGUAAUGUCAUUGGAAGCCGAGAUGUUAUCGGGGGUCUCAUCCAGAAACGCGCUGGACCUUCACUUCCACUUGAUCCGGAUGAUGAGGAAGACUUAGCCCCUACUAAGAGACGGCGAACAAGUUAUUAAACGAAAGAAUACCAUGUCAUAUGUCUGGAAAUGGUUAGUUUAGGAGGUUGCUGGGUAAUCACGGGCAAGCAUUUCCAACGAACCUGGUGAAGGUAGAUAUGAGUGUUUCUUGGGGCCUAUGUUACCUAGACUUCUCAUCCCAGGAUGCUGAAAAGAGAACAGCAAUACUGAGAAGAACAUUGACGGCCUUUUUAUGAUUAGAGAUGAAAGGCAUGGGGUCGGGGAGUUCAUUCAUUCAUUCAUUCAUUCUUCCUUAACCAGCCAGAACUUCAAGGCUGGUGAUGUUCAUGUAAUACAGCGGAAUUAACUACUGAUUUGAUAUGAGAACCAUUGCUUUGUCUCAGCCACAGAUUGAGUGAUAAUCAAUUGACUAUAGUAAAAAUAAAAAAGGAAGGCGAUUUAUUGUCUAUGGGAUCUUUGGGGUCUUCAUGUCAGGCG